AUGCCUCUAUAUACACGUACACGCCCCUCGUGCUCAUGGCAACGCACUCCCUCACCUCGCGGGCGCUCGCACAAGCCGCAUGCAGCUUCGUCAACAAUGGCCUCCUCCUUCCUGCUGCUGCUGCUGCUGACGUUCGUGCUCCUCCUCGCCGCCGCGCCGCGCGGUGAAGGACGGGCCGUGUUCGCCGGCCUGUCGUUCGAGAGCCCGGGCGAGGCGGAGGCCUUCGAGGACGCGCUGCUGCGCCAGGCGUGCUUCAACGUCUCGCUGCUGCCGUCGUCGGGCGGGCGCGAGGCGUGCGUGGCGCGGCUCGACACGGCGCGGGGCGGCGCGGGGAGCGGCCCCUUGCCGGUCCUCCGCGCGGCGCUGCGCGGCACGCUCGGCGAGGCCGUGGGCGCCGCGGGGGCCGUCGGGGCGUUCGCCUCGCUGUCCAACCACGCGCGCGAGGAGAUGGCGGUGCGGGACUGCGUCGAGCUGCUGGGGUACUCCGUCGACGAGCUCGGGUGGGCGCUCGACGCCAUGGCCGAGACCGACGACGGCCUGGAGGAGCUAGACGCCUCCGGGGCCCGCGUCGCCGCGGCAGCAGCGGCGGCGCGGCGCGCGGAGGACGACCUCCACGCGUGGCUCAGCGCGGCGCUGGGCAACCAGGACACGUGCCUCGAGGGCUUCCGCGGCACCGACGGCCGCCUGCUGCGCCGCGUCGAGGCGGCCGUGGCGCAGCUCUCGCAGCUGGUCAGCAACCUCCUCGCCAUGCACAAGCGCCUGCGCAGCAUCACGCCGCUGCUGCACCACGCGCCGCCGAGGAACAACGGCACGGGCGGCGGCGGCGGCGACCCCGGCUCGGAGCUGCCGCCGUGGGUGAUGGACAUCGAGGGCGGCGGCGGCGGCGGCAGGGACGAGGAGCUGCUGCUCAAGCGCGCCCGCGGCGGCGGCAGGUCGACGCGCGUGGACGUCGUGGUGGCGCAGGACGGCAGCGGGCGGUACCGGACCGUCAGCGAGGCGGUGGCGCGGGCGCCGAGCCACAGCAAGAGGAAGUACGUGAUCUACGUGAAGCGGGGCGUGUACCACGAGAACGUGGAGGUGAGGAAGAAGAAGACCAACAUCGUGCUCGUCGGCGAGGGCAUGGGCGAGACGGUGAUCUCCGGCAGCCGGAGCUUCUCCGGCGGCUGGACCACCUUCCGGAGCGCCACAUUCGCGGUGGCCGGCGCGGGGUUCGUCGCGCGGGACCUGACGAUCCGGAACACGGCGGGGCCGGCGGCGCACCAGGCGGUGGCGCUGCGCGUGGACUCGGACCGCUCCGCCUUCUUCCGCGUGGCCGUGGAGGGCCACCAGGACACGCUGUACGCGCACUCUCUCCGGCAGUUCUACCGCGACUGCCGCGUCGCCGGCACCGUCGACUUCGUCUUCGGCAACGGCAUCGCUGUCCUCCAGCGGACGCUCGUGGCCACGCUGCCGCUGGCGCCCGGGCAGGCCGGCAGCGUCACCGCGCAGGGCCGCCGGGACCCGAACCAGAACACGGGCUUCGCCUUCCACGGCUGCGUGGUGGAGGCCCGGCACCCGACGUUCCUGGGCCGGCCGUGGAAGCCCUUCUCGCGGGUGGUGGUCAUGGAGUCCUACCUGGGCCCCGGCGUGCAGGCCCGCGGGUGGCUGGAGUGGGCCGCCACCGGCGCCGGGGAGCGCGGCGCGGCGCUCGCCACGCUGUUCUACGGGGAGUACGGGAACUACGGGCCCGGCGCGGGCGUCGCAGGUCGGGUGAAGUGGCCCGGGUACCACGUGAUCGCGGACGCCGCCGUCGCCGGCCGGUUCACCGUCCGGCGGUUCAUCGACGGGCUCGCCUGGCUGCCCGCCACCGGCGUCACCUUCACGGCCGACCUGUUCAGAAAAUGACCACGACGACUGCCGCCGCCAUGGCGCCAAUGCAGUCUCGUGGGCUGGGUUCAUUUUUUGGAAGGGCACACGGAAUAAGGAUAAGUAUACAUAGUACCAUUAAAUCACAUGAAAUUUGUUACAUUUCACGUUGGAUUGAUUAUUCCGGUGGGUAACUAGGUAGUCUGUGUCGUGCAAUUAUGUAGUAGAAGUGUCUCUUGUGUUGGUGCAAUAAGAUUAAAUUAGAUCUGGUGUUACUGGUGUAUAGCCUUUUAUAUUUUCUCUGAUAAAUGAUAAUCAA